UCGACCCCCCUCGUCUUCCGCUCUAGAUUGUGCCGUCCCUGUCCCUGAGCAACGCUCGCUAGUCUGCUUGAACAACAUCACCGCGCCACUUUUGGGUUCUCUGAAUCUGAAUCGUCUGAACAAAAACCCCUUCAAAUCUAAUCCUUCAGUAUCUGCAUUUUUCUCAGAAUGGGCGUCGGCCGUGAAGUCUCUAUCUCACUCGAUAGCGUGAGGGACAAGAACAUAAUGCAGCUAAAGAAGCUCAAUAUAGCUCUUUUCCCUGUUCGUUACAAUGACAAAUACUAUGCCGAUGCCCUUGCUUCCGGCGAAUUUACUAAACUAGCUUACUAUAGUGACAUAUGUGUUGGUGCAAUUGCAUGCCGGCUAGAGAAGAAAGAUGGUGGGGCAGUCCGGGUUUACAUAAUGACUUUAGGUGUGCUAGCACCUUAUCGUGGACUUGGUAUUGGAACAAGGCUGUUGAAUCAUGUUCUUGAUCUUUGUUCCAAGCAAAACAUUUCAGAGGUCUACUUGCAUGUGCAGACUAACAAUGAUGAGGCCAUAAACUUUUAUAAGAAAUUCGGGUUUGAAAUCACAGAAACUAUUCAGAACUAUUAUACAAACAUCACACCUCCCGACUGCUAUGUUCUCACCAAGCAAAUCGGUCCAAGCUCAACAAAGAAAUAACAGUCCAGCCUUCAGACCCAAUUAUUUUGGAGGAAGUCAUUAAACAUGCUUGCAUUAUUUAUGACACUUCUCCAUGCAUGUACCAUACUAUAGUUUGGGAAUUUCUAUUUCUAGAUGUUGAACAGUAAAGUUGAAAAAAAAAAAGCAUUGGGAGAUCUUACUGGGAGAUAAGAUAUUGCUUGAUAUAAUUCCCUCCCCUGCUUUCCCUCCUUUCUUUUCCUCUAAGAUACUAAUAAUUUUGUAUCCUGUACUAGAGUUUCCUUCAUCUUGGAAGUUUUCAUUCAUGAGUUGAGGCCAUUAAUUGCA